ACUUUUGGUCUCAAUUGCCAUCUACUCUCCACCACUAUUUUUAAAACCAACACUCCCAUCUUCACCACUUGACUGAUCACUUCUCAUCGCCUACCUACCUAUAUCGCUUUGAAAAAAGAAAAAACAGUUAUCCAUGGCCACCGUGACCACCGCAGCCGUCGCCAUCCCAUCAUUCACCGGCCUGAAGGCAGCCAAGGCAAAAACCAUCACCUCCGCUAAGUCCUCUUCUCCCGCCGCUCCUCUAGUACUCCCGAGGCUCAGCGCGAAGGCGUCAAUGAGGGACUUUGGCGUGGCAGUGGCAGCCACCGCAGCUAGCGCCAUGUUGGCGAGCAACGCCAUGGCUGUGGAGGUGUUGCUCGGCGGCGGGGACGGGUCGUUGGUGUUCGAACCGAGCAAAUUCACGGUGAGCGCAGGGGAGAAGAUUGUGUUCAAGAACAAUGCUGGGUUCCCACACAACGUGAUCUUCGACGAAGACGAAGUCCCCAGCGGCGUCGACGUCUCCAAGAUAUCUAUGAACGAGGAGGACCUUCUUAACAGUGCUGGAGAGACAUACGUAGUCACCUUGACCGAGAAAGGUGACUACUCUUUCUACUGCGCGCCUCACCAGGGAGCUGGCAUGGUUGGCAAAGUCACAGUCAAUUAACUUUGUUUUUCUCUUUUGCAAAAUAUCACAUUAAUUUCAAAUUUUUUCAUAGGCGCACACUGUACUACCUACUGUCUACUAGCUAGAGCUCUCUCUUGAUAUAAAUACAUAUAUAUAUAUGUAUAUAUAUAAUAGCAACUACUUGUAAUCAUUUGAAAUUGUGUGAAGUGGUUUUAUUGUAACUAUUGUUGUUGUUUGAAGUUGUAGAAUUAUUGUAUAGUAUGUCCUAAUUUUCUAAAUUAGUUUGUUCUUUGGUUGAUUA